CGACAGUCGUGCGACAUCCGUCACUUACGGCCGGAGCGGUUAGCGCUGGGAGUUAGUGGCGCGGUGCAGGACCCUUAGGAACGGACAGCUUGGGCGCGACUGGUAUCCGGGGACUGGUUUUCAGGGUCCGCCAUGGAGCCAGAGCAGAUGCUGGAGGGACAGACGCAGGUUGCAGAGAAUCCUCACUCCGAGUACGGCUUGACAGACAACGUUGAGAGGAUAGUAGAAAAUGAGAAGAUUAAUGCAGAAAAGUCAUCAAAACAGAAGGUGGAUCUACAGUCCUUGCCAACUCGUGCCUACCUGGAUCAGACAGUUGUGCCUAUCUUGUUACAGGGACUUGCUGUGCUCGCGAAGGAAAGACCACCAAAUCCCAUUGAAUUUCUAGCAUCUUAUCUUUUAAAAAACAAGGCACAGUUUGAAGAUCGAAACUGACGUAUUGGGAAGAACAGAAAAAUCUGGUUGCUACUGUAGAUUUACAUGAUUAAGAGGCAGCUUUAAUUGCCACAAUUUUCCCUCCUUUUUGGAAUUAUAAGAACCUUCAGGACAAAAGAAAUUAUUUCCAGAAGAGAACAUAUUUCCCCUAUUUUGAUUUAAUCACCAUACUUAUUUAAUGAGCAUAUUCUGUGCAAUUUUUUCGCAGAUUGUCUUUAACUUUGUUUUUAAAAUGACCUUCAAAAUAAAUUGUCGAAAUGCCAGUA